AUGAAUUUGGUGAAUGGUACCACCGAGGGAAUAAAUGAAACUAACCCUUUCCUGCAUUGCCAAUCCACCCAAAACCCUGCACCUGUGUUCCUGGGUAUUGUCAUGAUCACUGACAUGAUUGUGGGCCUGCCAGCAAGCAUAGUUGCUUUGUGGAUCUUCUGUUUCCGUAUGAAAUGUUGGAAACCCCACACUCUGUUCCUCUUUAACCUGCUUCUAGCUGACUUCCUGCUCCUCAUCAGCUUGCCCUUCCGCAUCCACAGUGACCUCCUAAAUACCUAUUGGGUGUUUGGACAAAUCUGGUGCCGCAUCAACCUCUUUAUGCUGGCUGUCAAUCGCUCUGCCAGUAUUGCAUUCAUGACAGUUGUGGUGCUGGAUCGCUACUUUAAAGUGGUCCAUCCGCAUCACUGCAUCAGCCACAUGUCUUUAGCUCAGGCAGGUUGGUUCGCAGGCCUGAUAUGGACUGUUGUGAUCGCCCUUCGGAUUCCACUGGUGACAACCAACCUCCUCUACCAGAAUGGCAACAUCUCUCUGUGUCGCAGCUUUAACUCCUACAAUGAAGAACCCUGGCCAAUAAAGGUACACUACGUGGCUUUCAUUGCAGAGUUCUUCUUGCCCUGGUUUUUGUUGCUGUUCUGCUCAGCCCUGAUUGCCUGCUCUCUGCACCAACGGCGGAUGGUCAGGCAGAAGAGGGUGCGAAGGGCCAUCCGAGCAGUAGGGGUGAUCAGUUUGGUGUUCACCAUCUGCUUCAUGCCAAGUAUCCUCACAGGCUUGGGUGGGAUAUACAUCCGCUAUUUCUACCCCAAGGACUGCCCAUCCUACAAUCUGAUUUCCCAACUCUUUGUGAUCUGCAUAGGCUUCACCUACCUCAACAGCGCUUUGGAUCCGGUCAUUUACUCUUUUUCUAGCUCUAUGUUUCGUGAUGUCCUCAAGAGCUCCAUCAGCUGCCUGGGCUUCGUGAAGAAGAAUACCAGACCAGCAAACAACGGAGGAAAAUAA